GUGGGGCGCCCAGUCCACACUGGGCGCUGAGGGACUCGCUCCUCACCACGGCCCUGAGCCACAAGCACUGUUUUGCGAUCCAUUUCACAGCUGGGGAAUCGAGGCCGAGCGCCGAGCCCGGACCAAGUUCUCAGCUGGCUCAGAAGAGGUCUGCAGAGCUUCGGGCUUUCCUCCGGGGAACAGAACCUGCUGGAGACUCUGCUACAGCCUCCCGCCAGACCAGAGGCCCCAGAGAGGUGUCCAAGCAGGACGUUGCACCAAUGACUCAUGAGGGCACCUCUAAUUCUCCCAUGGACCAAAUGAGCUCAACUUUGGGGUGGCAGGAGCCUCUGGACAACAGGGCAGGGACGGAAUGCCCGAGGGACCAGGAUGACAUUCUUCUGUGUGAGGAUGUGCAGCAACAAGAUGAGGAUCUGUCAGCUGAAGAAAUAAUAUUUUUGAGAGAGUUUCCCAUCAUCAAGGAAGAGCUAGAAGUGACCAUCAGGAAGCUCCAUGCCCUUGCAGACAGCAUCGACACAACCCACAGAACAUUCACCAAGACCAACAUGGUGGCCACCUCCCUCACUGUGGUCUCAGACGCCAUGAGCAUGCUGGGUCUGGUCCUUGCUCCAGCAACAGUAGGAGGAAGUCUGGCGCUCUCUGCUGCUGGUAAAGUUUUGGGGACAGCAGUCGGGUUCACCAGCAUCUUCAUCAACAUCAUGGAACACCGUCAAAAUCAAAAAGCCCAAACUCACGCCAGCACCCUAGUGCCCACCCAUGACCAUGAGGUCAACGAGGCUCAGGGAAAGAAAGUCUUCUACGUCCUGAGUGUCGGAAAGAAGGCCUAUGAUUACGGAAGUAACAUCAGUGAUGUUAAGAAGAACAUCCGUGCCUGUCAGAUAGCCAGAGCCCACCCGCGUCUGGCCACUGCUGCCAAGCGUCUCCUGACCACUGGCCAAGUCUCAGCCCGAAGGAGCAUGCAGUUGCAAAGGGCCUUUAAGGGCACAAUAGUGCUGAUGGAGAAAAAUGUUCGCAUGCUGUGUAGUGCUAUGGCUGGCUUCUCCCUCUGCCAGAACGUGGUCACCCUCCGGAGCAACUGGAAGCAACUGAAGGAAGGAGAAGGAAGCAAGAUGGCAGAAGAGCUGAGAGCCCACGCUCGGGAGCUGGAAAGGAAGCUGAUGGAACUCACCCAGCUCCGUGAGAGUCUGCAGCAAAACUCUUCCAAGAGAAAAGGCCAGGGAGCUCAUCUUUGGGCGGAGCCACUGGGUCUCUGGCUUGACCCCCAGGCAGGCGUGGGGAAGCAGGUCCCCAGAAGUUCUUCAGGAGCAGAAUGAUGACAGAAAAAACUCUCUGAAGGCCUGAGAUACUGCGGGAAGCCAUUUGAGAUUUCCUUCCAAGUCAACGUGACUGUGUAGAAUCUUUGUUCAAACCCAAAGCCUGAUUUAUGGCCCGCCACGCAUGCGUCAGGCAUCGUACACGUGCUUUGUGAGUGAGCCACCUGAAGGAAAACCAUCUUGUCCUCGAGGUCAAUCAAUGCUCCUUCCCCGCCCCCCCCGCAUUCCUUUCUGGUAAACCCGUGAUUCCUGCCUGCGUGCAAAUCUAUAAUCGUUAGAGCUUUUACAAGAUGUAAGAAAGGCUAUCACCCUGUAAACACGGUUCAUUCUCCCCGGAG